UUACAUUGGGUGGAAAGGUCAACAUCCGCUUCCAAGGUAAAGGUGACGUAACGGGGAGUCCCCAGUCGGAAAUACCCGACUAUUUUUCCUACGUGCACAGCUUGUUCGUACCAGGUUGGGACGUUUUCAGCAUAAAACACAACCGGGGCCCAGAAUUUGGGUUCCUGUCAACUUCCUGGAGCUCAUUCCAAGAGGGACGGCGUUUUGUAGAAGAUGUGGCCAUAUACAACAGACCACAAUGCACCGGGCCUGAUGAAGAGUAUUUCUGUUACGUUCCUUCCUUGAACAGCCACACACAAAUAAAGCAAGCCCGUCCAAACACCGCUGCCCGACAUGUCUGGGGCUCGCCCAAAGGUUUACGCUCGACGACGGGCUUCAAGCAGCAGCUCGGGUGAAGAUACGCCCACUCCACCUGCUAACACCCCAGAUACCGCAGCUCUGUGCCGCUUGUAUGGCCUAGACCCGGGGGAACUGGCAAUCUCGUCCAGAGAUGCUCAGAGACAGGCAGAUCAAGACGGCAUGCAGCUCAGCCUGGCAUGUCAACAGCCAGGGACUGUUCAGGGUAUCAGUUACACUGGUCAUGUGGAAGGCAAGGACAACGUCCUACUGCAGCCCGGGGCCAACUGUGAGCUGACAUUCAACAGCCCUCUUAUCCAACACGUCACACACGUCACGUAUGCCGACGGGACUGAAGUGACACGUACAUAUGACGAUAACGAGGAAGUUCCGCAGCUGAACCAGGCAGACCCAGCAGACAUAGACAGACUGGACGACAUAGCAAGCUUGGCCAACAUUCCCACACGUCAUCCGGCCACAAAUGUGCGUAGGCCUGAGAUUCCCUCCACAGAACAGCUGGACUGGCUGAAGUGGCACCUAAAACGGCUUUACAGGACGAAGUUGGCCGAGUUCCAGCCUCUUCCCUGGUUUGACGACCUCCAUCUGCAACUGAAGGACGUGUACACAAACCUGCAAGUAGUCCGGAAGGACAGGGCAGAUAGGGAUCUACCACUCAGGCGGUUAAAGAGGGGGGAAACAGGGAAAAGAUCAAGUAAUACUGGUCGAGAUUCUAGAGAGGACCCUAGAGCAGAUAGGGAUCUACCACUCAGGCUUUCAGGAUGGGGGGAAAUAGGAAAAAGAUCAAGUAAUAUUGCUCCAGACUUUACAAACGAUUCAGGGUUGAUCAGGAUAGAGCAGAUAUUUGAUGUGAAUAAGAAUGGCGAGAUUCCUACAGUAGAUGAGGAGGAAGAGGAGGCCGAAAAACCAACGAGAAUCAGAAUAGAAGGUCCACCAGGCAUAGGUAAAAGUAUUCAGUGCCGUAAGUUGGCGUGUGACUGGGCCAGUGACUCAUUCCAGCAGUUCGACUUCGCUUUCCUCUUGCAAAUGCGCUACUUUGACGGUGACGUGAAAGAUGCCAUUUUUGACCAGCUCUUGCCCGAGGACACAGACAUAGACAGGGAGGCUCUGUGGUCAUACAUAAGACAGACUACCAACCAGCCCAAAGUGCUUUUCAUCCUAGAUGGUUUAGAUGAGUUGAAACUUCAGGUUAGACAGACGUCCGACGUGAUAAAGCUGAUACAGCAAAGGGUCCUGACUGAUGCUACUGUUGUGAUCACCUCCCGUCCUCAUGAGUGUACAGCAGACCUGAAAGGUUGUCCCUUACAUUGCAAUAUCAGGGGCUUCACGAAGGCAAAUAGCCUGGAGUACAUACACAAAUACUUCAAAGGGCGUCCUGAGCUUGCGAAUAGUCUUGGGGCACGGAUAGCUAGAGACAAGAAUCUAGCCGAGUUGGCUACGAAUCCCCUCAACACCAUGUUACUCUGUAUCCUCUGGGAAGACAAUGACGGUUCACUUCCGUCGACUAUCACGGGUUUAUUCGAAAGCUUGGUCCUUUGCAUUGUGAAGCGUUACUGUAGCAAGAACGGCAUAACUAUUACUGGUACAACUAUCCCUGACCAUGUAUAUACUCAGCUUGCAGAAAUGGGCAAAGUCGCUUGGGAAGGCCUUCUCCGUAAUGAGGUAAACUUUGACGAGACUGACUUCCAGUCCACGGACAGAGGCAUGUUUAAAUUUGGAUUUCUCACUAAGGACUUGGGGGCAUCCCGGAUCGAAGCUUCAUUCGUUUGGUCGUUUCUGCACAAAACGUUCCAAGAGUACUUUGCUGCGGUUUGCUUGUCUAAAGAUGCUGAUGGUAUGCAGGCAGGCCUGAGUGGCUCUGUGCCAACGGGCUCGUUUGCAUUCAUCCCACACCAGCUUUAUCUUGUAGAGCCACGUGUCAGGCAAAUGCAAGCAGAAGAAAAUGCAUCUUUAACUGGGUCCGGUCGUGCUUUCAAAGAUCGUGUCUUGCAGUCGUUGAAAAACGACCAUUUGCACCAGGUAUGCCUGUUUCUCGUCGGCAUCUUGAAGAGUCGCUCAAGAGCAGUGUUUGAAUGCUUUCUAAGACAUCUCCAGACAUUGCGAAACAGUGAAGGAAAAGAUGCAAAGGACGAGCACAGGCUUCUGUUUCUGUUCUGCAUCAAAUGUUUGAUUGAAAGUGAAAACGGAUCAAGUCUAGUGCGAGUGCUCUCUCCCUGUUUCCCGAAGGCUAUCGAUGUUUCAGAUCUCUUUGGUCAUGCGUAUGAUGAUACUUGGCGUCUGGGUCUUAUUUUGAUCUUAAACGCAGAGUGUCCAGGGGUAACCCGAGUCGAUAUAAACCUGUCGUCACAUCCGAUGGCUACGGAGCUGGCUGCAGCAUUGGCAAGAAACCGCUUUGUGAGACACCUCUCAAUUAUCAAGGUUGAACUAGAUGACAUAUCAGUAACUAGUUUGGAUACAGAGCAGCAAGAGUUUCCUCUCUUGAAUGUCUUGGAAAGGACCCAGUCAGUUCGACACCUCUUCGCCCAAAUCUAUGGGAUUACAGCUAGUGAAAGAGAUCUCGCACCAAUGACAAAACUGCUUCGUGCUAUGUCCAUUUGCAAGCCUCUGUCCUCCAUUAUCUUGAAGUUGUUCAUUGAUGAUCUUACGUUUCUAGGUGAUCUGGAUUACGAAUGUCCGCCUCCGCUUAAGCUUCAUCUCCCUGUGGACCUGUUGGUCUCAUCAAGCUCACUAACAACGUGUAAGCUUUGGAUCUAUGGAUCAUUUCACCAUCACAAUAGAGUGGAAAACUACUUCUACGAGUCAGACUCAGAGGGCGGAGGUGUGUAUGGAGGAACUGAUGAUGAGUUGGAUCAUUACAUGUGUGAAAGGGUUGAUGACCAGGCUUUCAAUGAGUCGAUUGGAAAGCUUCUCAGCGAGUCAAAGUCCAUCCAAACCUUCAGUCUCCAGAUGUUGUACAGGUGCACCGCCUUUAGGCAUGCCGAGAAACUUCCACGUAUCUUGGCUAAGGUGUUAGCUGUUACUGAAGUUCUUCAGCACAUUGCGCUACGUUUUUCUUUCUAUCACAAGCAGAGAGACAGGGACUAUCCUAUCACUUACAGUGAGUUACAUAGGUUGCACAUCUUCAGGCUGAUAGAGGCUCUGGCUCAUAAUAGGACGCUAAGAACAUUUGAAUUAUCAAUUGACGAUGAUGUUGGCGUUUCAAGAAACGAGGAGGAUUCCUCAAGCGAGGAAGACGAAGUUGAUUCUUCCGAAAGCCCCUGCCAAGCCGAAAACAACCAGCGCCAAUCUUCCAGGGGCAGCCGCCUUAGGAAGACAGAUCAGGAUCGCCUGUGGCCUUCAAUCGCAUUUGUCUUCCAAAACAACACAGUGCUGCAUACGUUGAACCUUACGUUUAAGUACUGUCUCACCGACAGUCCUGAAUCGGUUCAGAGGAUGGCUGAUGCCGUCCUUGCGUUGAGUGGUAACAGUACACUACACACAGUUAAACUCGCUGUGAUUCUGUACAGAUCAAACACGAACGGCCGUUUGGGCUUGAACCCUUCUACAUCUGAAAUGAGCAACGUUGACGACGUAUUCCUCGCUCUAGGAAAUGUCGUCAGCACAAACACCACACUAAAAUGCCUACAUUUCCACAAAGCUGACGACCCCUCGUGCGUUAGACGUGAAGUACAUGGUCUUCAAGAUCUCCGUACGUGGUUCCAAAGAGAUAAAACUUGUCGGGUGACUGUAUCAAAACCUGCCAUUGACCAGUUAGCAUCUGCGACACAGAGAAACAUGGUGCUGAGAGAGUUUUCAGUUGUGGGUUUCACUUGUGAGGACGAGGGGGGCCAAGAGCUGGUAGAUGAAAUGGUCUCGUCUGCGCGCGACAACCUUAAGUAAAUAACAUCACAUUUUCUCUCGCCUAGCUUACAUACUUACUCUCGCCUAGCUUACAUACUUACUCUCGCCUAGCUUACGUACUUACUCUCGCCUAGCUUACAUACUUACUCUCGCCUAGCUUACAUACUUACUCUCGCCUAGCUUACAUACUUACUCUCGCCUAGCUUACGUACUUACUCUCGCCUAGCUUACAUACUUACUCUCGCCUAGCUUACGUACUAACUCUCGCCUAGCCUGAUUCUCAAAAUCGUACAAAGUAGCCAAAGGGAGCUUCAGUACGUAUUAUAGCAGCACGCCGCUUUCAAAUAGAGUUCAUAAGAAUUGCGUGUUUAUGUUAGUUCUGAAGUAUAAUGGACUUAUCACGGUGGAAUCAUACCAUCCAAUGUUCCUGCCUUACAAGCAUUAUAGCAAAUUAAUACUACAAAUUAAACCAGACCAACACUCCACAAUACGUC